AUGGACGUUUACCAGGUAAACUCGCGAGUACUCCAUGACGAUGGAGAGACCUAUGUUGUGGAGAAUGGCAACCAAGACGCCAUCACCAAUAGCAACAUGGCCGAGGACCAGGGGGCCAACAACCUAGAAAAGAAUACUACGCAAGUUUCGAGCGCAUCCUACGAAGAGAGCUUUCCCGAAGGCGGCAUGCGAGCGUGGCUCGUGGUCCUGGGUGCGUGGUUUGCCUUGAUGUCGGCGAUGGGCUUGAUGAAUACCAUUGCUAUUUUCCAAGCUUACACACUCAGUCACCAGUUGAAGGGCCAGAGCGAGGGCACUGUCGGCUGGAUCUUCUCCCUCUACAACUUUCUUGCCUUUUUCUGCGGUGUCUAUAUUGGCCCCGUGUUUGACAAGUAUGGCCCGCGGUGGUUGGUCAUUGCUGGUUGCAUCACAACUGUGACUGGGGUUGUGUGCCUGAGUUUCUGCAAAGAACUGUGGCAAUUCAUCCUAUCUUUCGGAGUCCUAUGCGGGGUUGGAACAUCGCUACUCUUUACGCCAUGCAUUGCUGCGGUUGGGCAUUGGUUCAAGAGACGAAGAGGUUUCGCUACCGGCAUGGCAUCUACGGCCGGGGGCAUCGGCGGCAUCAUUUUCCCACUCAUGCUCACCUCGCUCUUUGACCAGAUUGGCUACGGCUGGGCCACGCGCGCCCUUGCUCUCAUUUGUCUCGUCGGCGGCGUCAUUGGCAUUGUGCUCGUCCGAUCUCGUCUUCCUCCCGCACCCAACGCGACGGCGCACCCAGACUUUCGCAUCUUCAAGCAGGUCCCCUACACCCUGACUGCAAUCGGCAUCUUCUUGCUCGAAUUUUCACUCUUCAUCCCCCUCGCAUACAUCUCUACGUAUGCGCAACACAAGGGCUUCAGCGAGAAGUUUGCCUUCCACCUGUUGCCCAUCAUGAACGCGGGAUCGGUCGUCGGGCGGGCUCUGCCAGGAUAUUACGCAGACGUCGUGGGGCCAUUCAAUGUAUGUCUGUUCUCGGUGGUUCUCUCGCUGGUUGCGUGCUUGUGUGUGUGGUUGCCGCUGGGACAUACCGCCGCUGGCAUCAUUGUCUUUUCAAUCCUGUUUGGCUUCGGCAGCGGGACAAGCAUUUCCAUUGCGCCCGUGUGUAUUGGAAGAAUGUGCAAGACUCAGCAAUACGGGCGAUACUACGCCACGACGUAUACGGUUGUGUCGUUUGCAUGUCUGAUUGGUAUCCCUAUCGGCGGCAACAUUGUAGGUGCCAGUGGUGGUGAUUACAAGAAUCUAAUCAUCUUUACGGGUGCAAUCUACGUCGGCUCCGCGGUGUGUUUGAUGGCAGCCAAGACGACUCAUCUCGGUAUGAAGAACUGGAUGUCUGCCUACUAA